AUGGCUGAUAAUAAACUUAGACUCUGUGUAUUGAUAUGUCUUAUCAGCAUAAUCUCAUCAUCAAGUUUAAUUCCUUCAGCAACUACUUAUGUGUCUUCAAACAUACCUGAUCCUUUUGGUAAGUUGAGUUCCUCUUUUUAUGAAACAAGGUGUCCUGGUGCUCUUCAAAUCAUUAAGGCAGCAAUAACCAGCGCGGUAGAGAAUGAUCGGCGAUUGGGUGCAUCUUUGCUCCGUCUACAUUUUCAUGACUGCUUUGUUCAAGGAUGUGAUGCAUCAGUAUUGUUAAAGGACACACCAGAUUUCAAGGGAGAACAAAAUGCCCGUCCCAAUGCCAAUUCUCUAAGAGGUUACGAAAUCGUAGAAGCUGUAAAAGCUUUAUUGGAGAUACGGUGCCCUCAGGUUGUUUCAUGUGCAGACAUCUUAGCUGUUGCAGCCAGAGAUUCAGUUGUUGCUCUUGGUGGACCUUUUUGGCUAGUUCCUCUUGGAAGAAGAGACUCAAAAACUGCAAAUUUGAAUGCUGCUAAUUCAGAUUUACCAUCUCCAUUUCUUGAUCUUAAGGGGCUUAUUGAUGCUUUCUACAAAAAGGGUUUCUCAGCUGAAGAAAUGGUUGCUUUAUCAGGUGCUCACACAAUAGGCAAAUCAAAAUGCGCAGUCUACCGAUCAAGGAUAUACAACGAAAGCAAUAUUGAUUCUGAUUACAAAAUAUCAUUGCAGGCAACUUGUCCAAACAUUGGUAAUGAUAACUACUUAUCUCCUUUGGACACCACAACUCCAGACACCUUUGACAAUGGUUUUUACAAAGCCUUAUUGUACAAUAAGGGUCUUUUGCAUUCUGAUCAACAACUAUAUAAUGGUGGUUAUGGUUCCACUGAUAAACAAGUUUCAGAUUAUGCCAACAAUGUAGCACUCCUGGGCUUGGAUUUCGCUAACGCGAUGAUUAAGAUGGGAAAUCUCAGCCCUCUAACUGGCAACCAGGGUGAGAUCAGAAAAUAUUGCUCGAAUGUGAAUAAAGUUUGA